GGGCUGUGUAAGAAAUUUGGCUGAGCACAUAGACUCUUUCUUACCAAUCCCAGCUAUUCUGCCAAAAAGUUGAUCUGCGUGUCCUGGGAAGAAAAGCUAUUUAUUUCUCGCCAUCUGCUGAAGCAGGAGGAGAGAGGGACAGAGGCUGCAAAUACUGUAUGUUCUUGCUUUGACACCAUGCUUUACACCCUGUCUCUUUUUUUGCUUUUCACAUUCAACCGUGGAGACUCGGUUGCAGUUGGUCCUGCUGCUGACCCUCAGGGAACCUCAGAGCAAGAUGACUGGUGUGAUGAUCCCAGCACCAUUCACAAGCGUUUGGAUGCUGUCCAAGAGCAACUGGAAAAAACAGUUGAACAUUUGGACUCCGAAGUCAAGUCACUGCUCAACGAUGUUAGUGAAACUGCGUGGACCAAGCCACUUGCUCCUGGGACCCCACUGGUAGAUCUCUUCGAAGAUCCUAGUUGAGCUUCCAGUCGAUGGGCUGAAAAUCCAGAUUGUGAACUUUUACUUCAGCAGAGUCAGCCUUCAAGUUGCCUUUUGAUAUUGCCUCAACCUUGAAACCCAGCCGGUCUAUAAAGUGUUGUGAUGGACAGCAGCAUUGAGUAAACAUGUGUCAUGUUAGUUGAAAACAUGUCCCUGAGUGCAGUAGCAUGGGCUAAUGUUUUCUUGUAGACGAAGCCAGGUGGGCCUUGAUCAGUCCUUGAACAGGAGACCGCUAAAACUAGAUUGGGAAGUUGAAAAUUAAAAAAAAAAAAUCUCCAAAGGCUGGGAUUUUAUGAUGGUAAA